AUGGGAGCAUCUACGAUUUCUGAAGGAUCCUGGGGCCAGUUUACACUAACUCAGCCAGCCUCCCUGUCAGUAGCCCUUGGAGGCAGAGCUGUGAUCAGCUGUACAAGGAACACUGCAAGCAUCAACAAGUACCACGUCUCCUGGUACCAACAGAAACCCAAUGGUUUGCCCAAGCUGUUGAUCUUGAAGUGUGUGUUUGCUUUGCAACUUGCUAACCCAGACCAGAGUCAGAGAUUCAGCAAGAUGCUGGUAUUAGUGAUAGGCGACUUUCACAUCCCACACCGAUGUAGCAGCCUUCCAACCAAGUUUAAAAAGUUGCUAGUUCCAGGCAAGAUCCAACAUAUCCUUUGCACUGGGAAUCUUUGCACCAAGGAGAGCUAUGAUUAUUUGAGGACGCUGGCCGGAGAUGUCCACAUCGUUAGAGGGGACUUUGAUGAGGGCACGAGUUACCCCCAGCAGAAAAUUGUCACUGUUGGACAGUUCAGAAUUGGUCUGAUCCAUGGACAUCAAAUUAUGCCCUGGGGGGAUUUGGCCAGCUUGGCGAUCCUGCAGAGGCAGCUGGACGUGGACAUCUUAAUAUCUGGACACACUCAUAAGUUUCAGGCAGUAGAACAUGAGAAGAAGUUCUACAUCAAUCCUGGUUCAGCCACAGGGGCCUACAGUGCUCUGGAAAGGGAUAUAAUUCCUUCCUUUGUUCUGAUGGAUGUUCAGUCCUCCGUCAUUGUUACUUAUGUGUAUCAACUCAUCGGGGAUGAGGUGAAAGUAGAAAGGAUUGAAUACAAGAAAACUUGA